AUGUCAAUAUUUAAAGUAUUCUUCCCAGUGAGUUUAAUUUUUGUAAAGUUGUCUUCAUUAAUACUAGAUAAACCCAUGCAGUUGGGAAUGAUUGUGAGCAGAGAGAACGAGAACAAAUUUUCAGCAAACAUGAAUGAAGGCUUUUUGAAGGCUAUUCAGCACAAUGGAGGCAGGGCCAAUAUUACGUACAAUUUAGUUUCAACAGUUGUGGACGUGUGUGACGGAGUCAGCGGUGCCAGGGCAGUUUUGUUCCUCCGCCUCAACCAGUCUGUUGACGCCGUCUUUGGAUCUUUUUGCUCAGCCAUUAAAAUUCCUAAAACUCUUCCACCCAUAUGCGAUAAAGACUGCCUCUCCAGCGCUCAGGUGGCGGACUACUGGGACCUGCCCUACUUCGCCACUGAAUGCAUCGACCCUACUCUGGACAACUCCUCCAUCUACACAACAUCAAUCCGGCUCUAUGGCUCGCUCACGUCUUAUGGGUCGGCUCUCUUGGCUUUCUUCGCGCGCAACAAUUGGAUGAAUUGCGCUAUCGUUAACGAAAUGAACAACGAUUUCUGUAAAUAUGCCAUGACUGCGAUAAAGAAAAAGUUUGAUGGCGCUGUAAGGGUAAGUGAAUUUCUGGAAGUGAAUAAUUUCUUUCCUGACGGUGAAAUGGCAAUUAUUUUGAGCAAGAUUUCCUUUUCUGCUAGAAUAAUUAUAGUCUGUCACAGCAACGCAAGCACACUGGCUAGUCUCAUGAGAUCGGCCUAUAGACGAGGCAUGACCGACCCGAACGAGUACGCAUGGAUUACUCUGUACAAUGUUUACUACAAAUUCGACUUCAACAUGCUCUUCAUACCCUGGUUUGUCACCAACGACAGUUUAGCGAGGGAUGAACUGAUGCAAGCCUUCCUGUCCGUCAAAGCUCUGACGUACAAGAACUACACCCGCCUGCCUGAUCCCAACACAAAUUUAACUCGAACCAUCACCUCUAAGACUCUGCAGCUGGACAUCCUGGCAGAUUCAGUUUAUUUAUAUUUCACCCUGGUCAUUGAAGCCAUGAGAAAUGAUGAAGAUCCGUUCAGUGGGAAGAACAUCCUCAACCUUAGUCGAGGAAAGGAACUAGAAAAUGGUGCCACUGACAAGAUAACAAUGAAUUUAGACGGAGAUAGACUGAUGACUUUCACAGUCUGGUCUCUCUCUCGCGACUCAUCCAUGUUCAAACCCUACCUCAACAUCAAUAUCACAGAUGGAAAUUAUACGCCGAUUUUGGUGGGCCGUGAAAGGUGGGGCCUUUCCAGUAGGCCCCCUCUUGACAGACCAAUUUGCGAUUAUGACAACAAGUAUUGCAAAAACGAUGGACAGCCACUCAUUAUCGGCAUGGUUGUUUUCUUCGUGCUUCUUUUUAUCAUACUGAUCAUCUUCUUGGUCAUCAGAUCGUUUGUAGUUGAACAGAAGAUUCAAAACAUGCUCUGGAAGGUGAAAUUCAGUGAUUUGGAAUUCUUCAAAAAGAACAUGAACUUGAAAGGCAUGCCGAAAUCAUCAUUGCUGAACAUAACGGGCGAGCGAACGUUUCCUCACUCAUUCAGGGACUUCCAGGACACCGCCGACACUCAAGGGGUCAUGGUGGCCCUCUAUAAAGAAAUGUUGGUAACUGUGAACUAUUCCAGCAAGACGGAGGUUGAUCUAACUAAAAAGGAUCUGGUAGAACUGGUCAAGGCAUUUUCAACUGAUUUUCAACAGAUGAAAGACCUCCAGCACGAUAACAUAAUUCAUUUCAUUGGAGCUUGUAUUGAAACCGACAGAAUUUGUUUUCUAACUCAAUACUGCUCUAGGGGUUCCUUGCAGCAAAACAUCGUACAACCCAACAUUCUGAAGGACAUGUUGGCUGAUGUUCAAACUCCAAUCGACUGGACGUUCAAGCUGUCAUUCAUCACUGAUUUGACGAAGGCUUGUCGAGAUGUUUAA